AUGAGAAAGCAGGACGUUGGGGACCGUGGCGAGGUAUCUUACAAAACCCCAGUAGUGCCUCCGCCAAAGUGGCAAGAAAAGAAAGAAGAUUUUCCUCCGUACCGGCAGUCGAUUGCCCUCGUCACGGAUAAUGACAUGGAGCAGAGAAGCAGAGCCACGAGCACAGGCGCGAAGUCCAUGAAUUUGGUUGUCGAUCUCAGCUUAGGGAACGAGGCGUUCGACGCUGGUGCUCUUCGUUGUGCGAUCACCUUCCUGUUUCGUAAGUUGGUGAGCCUCUCAACGAUCACCGAAAACGCUUAUGGUAACAAGUCUAUGAGUUUCGGCUAA